AUGAGGAACAUAUAUGUUGUAAGUAGGAUAUUUAAAGAAGAUGUCGGGGAAUGUCGAAUGGUGGAUAAGUGUAGUUGUUCUGGUGGCAAUGGCCAACAUAAUACUUUGUUGUGCCCCCCGGGUAACCUGAAGGAGUGUAUCGAUUGGAUUCUGAGGUUAACGGGGAAGGAUAAGGUUGGUGGUGGUAAUGGCGAUAAUGGUAAGAAACUUGGAGAGGAGGUUGCGGGGUUACUCAAAAAGGAUAAAGCUGUGCUUGAAACAGUAACAACAUCGUUGAAAAAUGGAAGUGGUUCUAAUUUGAUCACCGAAUUGGCCGAUAACUUGAAAAAGUUCAUUGGUUAUGAGAAUGGUGGUGGUACUGGUAAAUUGAACGGCAAUGGUAUUGGUAACAAAGGUGCUGGUGCUAAAGGUACUGAGAAGUACACCUCCUCCUAUAAAGAUUCUGCCACCUGGGAUAAAGCUAAAGAAACUGACAAAGAUGGUAAACUUUGCGCUGCAAUCUUCCUCGGCACUAUCCCCGUAAUUUUUUCCGGUCUAAGUUAUUUGUAUUGGCAAUGUAAUGAAGGUAAUGGUAGUGGUGAUCGUUGGUCCACUCAAUAUAUCCACGACACUUCCAACGCCCUUGGCAUCUAUUUCGUCUGUUGUGGUUAUGACUUAACCAAACUCAAUCAGAAAAAAGCUGAAGACGUUGGCACAACUUGUUUCCAACAAUUCACUGAAUUCAAUAACGGCACCAAUGCAUCCAACAAUAACUACCCCGAGUACAUCAAAGAAGUACUAACCAAAACAUCACCAACCUCCCACCCCCUCUCCAGUCUCUACCUCGCAUCACAAUAUUAUUUUCAAUCGCAAUUCAACGAUGGCACCCGUGUUCCAACCACCAUAAGGGAAAUGCUCUAUUGGUUAAUGGCCCUGCCAUAUAGUAGUUGUUUCCAGCUAGCACCUGCAACUAUUCAACAGGGUAUUACGAAACAUGGUAGUGAUAGUAUACCAUUCGAUGAUGAUGAGAAUAUCACUUUAGACAGUGACACUGACCCUUUCGAUUGUUAUAUGUCAACCACUUGCCAUUACGCCGCUGUGGUCCUAUCCACUAUACAAGGGAAAUUGUGUACACCAAAGACAACAUCCACGACGACAACUGACACCUCUCUUGCCAAACCACAAUUGAACCUCCACAACAUCUAUUCCAAUUCCCACUUCAAAUUCAAUUACCCAGACAACCCAUCCGAUUGGUUCAAUAAGCUUUGGGAUGUGGUGUAUCAUUUAUUGUCUCAAUUAUAUUUCCUUAAAGGGCAAUGUAGAACAUGUGUAGGCUCAGGUUGCGGUUGGUUAUGGUGUAAAUACGGUGAUGGUAUCAACUCACAUAUGACGAAGGAGGUGGAAUCCUGGAUUUGCACUGCAAAUCCGUGUAAUGGCAAUCACACCUCUGGUUCCACUUGCAAAAGUUGCCAUACUGACCACCCCAAAAAAUGUGGCCAAUCCGAUAACCACUCCCCCCUCCAAGCUUUUCUAUGUGAUCUCCUAACACCUUUUAAAUGUCCAAAAUCCGGUGAAACCAAUAAAUAUCCAUCGUACACCGAGCAUAUUUCCCAUCGCAAUUUCAAUCAAUAUUGCUCAGUACCAAUGGGAUUCAACAAAGACUGUCUAUCACACACCGAUCGCACUGGUGACUACCUUUUCAAAAUGUUGGAUUACUUCACGGAAAAGUACCGUGACCACGUCAGCUGUUACAAUAUAACUUUAUUCCUGCUUAUUGUAUGUCAACGAACACCAAGAACGGUGGGUGACCUUUUCUGUUUUUUCCUAAAUCUUGGUGAGAAUAUGAAUAAUGGUAGUUCCACUACUGUCGCUCAGGCCAUUCAAAAGGAAUCCACACAAAUACCAUGGAGCAAUGGUUACAAAAACAUCACUGAAGCAGCCAAGAAACUAGGUGAAGAACAUCCCGAGGACCACGAAUCCGAAGAAAAUGCCAACCUUAACACCCUCCGUUACAGUGAUUGUGGUGGCGAAACCUGUGGCCAAUACCUCGACCCCCUGUCAUUCGUUAUCUAUUCCAACAUCUCCGUAGUUUUCGCUGGAACGUAUUUGAAAUGGAUAAUUUAUCUCACACACGCUUUGAAAGAAGGUCUUGAAGAGUUACAUAAGGAUUUCCAAAAACUCAAAUGUGACCAUGGUAAACAAAGGAAAUGCUCCACCGGUUGUCAUGGCAAGGACGAAUGUCAAUGCACUUUCGUCGAAUGCAGCGAAGUCCUUGGUCUCUUAUACAGCUACGGCCUCCAUUACUAUUAUCCAGAAGAGUUGCAUAGUAGCACCAAGAAAAAACGCACCUGCGCACAAUUCUCCACGGAACUGAAAAAUCUCCUCGACGUAACUAAAAAAGGCAAACCAUUCAGCGACCUCCUUUCAGCCAUCAACCUCUUCGUCACCUUCUGGCUACUCACCAUCAUCUACCUAACAUACUCUCUCACAAUACCACUCGACGUUCUACACCUACGUUCUACACCUACGCACUGCCGUGCUCUCUCCACAACUACUACUCACCAACUACACACAACCACAUGA